AUGAGUAUAUUGUUCGCAACGAUAUUUUAUCUAUUUAAUUUAUCGCAUUCAAAUUGUUUCAGAACAUUUAACUGCAAUAAACGUCUGAUUAUACCAAUCAAAUCCCAAAUUGGCACAGAUACAUCACUUCCCAAUAUAUCCCUCGCACAUUUAAAGUCCUUAGAUCAAUCUAAAUUGCCUGAAUUCUGCGACUUUGUUAGGAAUGAAUUUUUAAAAAUAAUUGACAAGACGGGUGGACACUUUUCCUCCAAUUUAGGUGUCGUUGAACUCACCGUAUGUCUGCAUUAUGUUUUCGACGCGCCCAGGGAUGUUAUUGUCUGGGACAUUGGCCAUCAAUCCUAUAUACACAAGAUGUUGACAGGAAGGUUGACUCAUAUGGAUACGGUCAGACAGUUUGGCGGUUUGUCUGGAUUUUGCAAAAGGGGAGAAUCUAUCUACGAUGUUUUUGGCGCGGGGCACUCCAGCACAUCAAUAAGUGCAAUCGAAGGGAUUGCUCUUCCUAACAGCAUGGAAACUACCAGUACGGGUGGCUUUAAUGAUGAUAAUACCAAAAAUAUCGAGAAAAAAAAUGACAAGUGCUAUAUCGCAAUAAUCGGAGAUGGCUCAUUAGCUGCCGGCAUGGCUUAUGAGGCUAUGGGAUCAAUUGCCCAGUUCAAUUUACCCAUACUACUAAUAUACAAUGAUAACAAACAAACAUCCUUACCUACUGGUACAAAAUGCCAAGGUACAGGCUUAUCAUUGCUGAUAGACCGUAAGAGUAAUAAGUUUUGCGUCCCACCAGGUUGGAAUUACAUUGGACCUAUAGACGGCCAUAACACUAGUUCUCUGGUAAAUUUAUUCACUACGGUAAAAAAGGAAGGAAUUACUAAGCCAACGAUUUUGCACGUCACUACCGAAAAGGGCAGAGGGUAUCCUCCUGCACUGAAGGCACUAGACCGAAUGCACUCGAUCAAACCUAACGAUCUACAAUCAAUAAAUAGCGAAUAUACUGAUACAAAUGUAACCGAUAAUAAGUCCACCAAAAAAACCUUUACCGACGUAUUUGCAGAGACACUUACAUUAUUAGCAAAGGAAGAUGAAAAAAUAAUAUGCGUAACUGCAGCAAUGCCUGGGGGAACCGGGGUGGAGAAAUUUGCCGAAAAAUAUCCCUAUCGCGCAAUAGACGUUGGUAUAGCUGAACAACAUGCAGUUACGCUUUGUGCUGGAAUGACAAUUGCGGGAAAGCGCCCGUUUUGUUGCAUAUACUCAACUUUUUUACAGCGUGCAAUGGAUCAGCUAAUACAUGAUGUUUUCCUGCAAAACCUACCCGUUAGAUUCAUCGUUGAUCGUUGUGGAUAUGUGGGCGAGGACGGGGAGACGCACCAUGGACUGUACGAUUUGAACAUAUUUACAGCGCUGCCAAAUGGCAUAAUCAUGAGCCCAAGCAAUCCUAAUGAUUUGGCUGCAAUGCUAUCUAUUGCGCAAAAUUGUGACCAUCAUCCCUCAGUAAUCCGUCUACCCCGGUCACAACUAAUCCAGUCCAAUGUAAGUAAAUUGCUAGACAAAUUGCCCAAGACAGAUCUAAAACUGGGCAAAUCAAAUUUGAUACGAUUGGCCGCUGAUAAUCGCACAAAGGUAUCCGUAUUGGCCUUGGGGCCCAUUAUUCAUCGUGUUUUUGACGCAAUAUUGGCUAUAGAACAAAGAAAUGAUAAUUUGUCGUUUGACUUGGUGGAUAUGCGAUUCUUGCGUCCAUUGGAUAUCAAUUUAUUGGAUUCACUCAUUGCCACCAGGGAUAUAAUUGUCACUGUGGAGGAAGGCCCAGUUGGAGGGUUUGGUUCGUUGGUCUCCAAUUAUGUGAAUAAAAAGAGCAGUAAGUGCAAGGUAUACCAGAUUACUACACCCGCCAUAUAUAUAGACACGGGCAGACAAUCAGAUCAGUGGAUGGUUAGCGGCUUAGAUGUCGAUGGGAUAAGAAGUCAGAUUCUUCAAGCAGUGAAUCUUGUAUUCGGUUAA